UGCGAAUUUUUUUCAAGCUGUCGAGUUAUACUGAUUUUGAAAUGCUAGGUGCUGCUUUCCAAACACACACUAACAAUGUGCUUUUUGUUUGAAGUCGGAAGAAACUUGGAAACGUUUUGAUGUGUUGGGUGUUCUCAGGUUUCGGUUUAUCUACUUUCUAUGUAGACUGAUGCUGUGUUAAAAGAUCAGAAUAUUGAUUUAGAGAUGGCAGAGUCAAGUGCUGCAUAUGAGGGCUUUGUGUGCCCCUGGGUGUGUUCGACAGUUCUUGCUGACAUGUACAAAAUAUUUCUUUCGAGAGAGGGGUGCAUUUGUUUGAGGAUGAUCGACGAAUCCAGCAGACCGUCUCGGGGUGAUGAUAGUACCGACUCUUCUGCUCAGAGUGAACAACAUGGCACUAAUUGUGAGAAUAACCGUGAUCAACGACAUGAAACAAUUGAAAGUUUCCAGGAAAAGUUGCCAAGCCUACUUGCUCGGAUAGGGUCGGUGUGGCGGGAGACCUCCAACUUUCUUGGACACCCUGGUGACUGGGCAAUGGAAAGAAUGAUGGAAUUCUUCUGUGAACACUUAGCCACUGACUUUGAAGUGGUGAAAAGCCUCAAGUUUGACUCAUUUCUCAGCGGUCUGUUUGAGUCAGGUGACCUGAUCGCGUAUCCUGACUUCCUGAUGAACCAUUUGUCUCUGAUGGCAGCUGAAGUGUUGGUGAAAUGUCAGACUGAUGUGUCGGAUGAAUUCAAAACUUUGGCCUUCAAACUGAUUCGGAGUCCUGUGGGCCUGUGGAUGGUAGACAAGGGUCAUCGUUUGGACAUCGUGUUCAGAUGCUUCCGUCGAUUUGUUGAUGAACGCGUCAUGUUGGACUUGUUGCAUGAAGUGAAAUUUGAUGCUGAAAUCUCCUUGAGUUUUGCUGUGGCGAGUCCCCAGAACUACACUCGCAAGUCGGCCUCUGAGUAUUUCUGUGCUGCGGUUGCUUUUGCUUUUGGCAAGCAGGAUGAUGUGACCACACUUGAUGAACCUAAGAAAAGUCCAGAGUCAGAACUGAUUCAAAGCUAUCGAUUGCAGUUAAGGGACAUCGUUAUCACAUCUCUAAAAGAGUUUUGUCGUCAGCUGGUGCAGAGAUCAAAAACCAAAAGUGAUUCCUUCCUUGGUGAAAGGCAACACUCACAAGAUGUGGAAAAUAAUGAAAACAUAAGCUCGUCGGUGGUUGUUUAUUUCUGCGACCUCCUCGCUGCGUGUUCUCGGGCCUCGGACAAUUUUGUCAGCUGUUUUACUCAGGAAAAUGUCUGCCAGGACUGUGUGCAGCUCAUGUUGUCCAUUGGGAGAGACGGGACUGUUGAUUCCCAUGAGGUCUUCGCCCCAACGGUGGAGCUUCUGGUUCAGAUGAUCAAUCUCAGUGAAAAGAAAGAUGAGCUAGCCCAGAGACUCCUGGACAUACUGUUGUGUUUUUGCGACAGGAAGAAUGUGUCCACGGCAAUUGAUGUCAUCAGUAUUGCGGGCAAAUUGUGUCACAGACUAUGGUAUCCUGAGUCUGACCGGAUUUUCCUGACAGAGCUUGCUCUUCUCCCGCUGCUGAUCGUAUGUGGAUGGCCCAAGUCAUGUGGCCACAGGUGUCCAGCCUUCGUCCAGUUUGUCGCCACGACCCUUGAUGCUGGUGCAAGAACACAGCCACGAACUCUGAUACAAACAGCUGUGACGAAUGCAAUACAUUUUUCUGAGACACAGGAUGAGUUUUCUCUGAGUGUCGACUUGCUAAACUACUUCCUGUUGAAGCGUCUGGAGGCUCCCAAAGAUGUGACAAAGCCGUUCAUGUCUGCAGGUCUGGUGACCUCCGUUGGUGCAACAGAACUUCUGUUGUGUGUUUUACAGCACUAUCAACAACACCUGGACCUCAUCGGCUGUGGCAGUACAGCGACAAGUGUCCAGAGGUAUAGCAGAGCUUUGUUGCAACAGUCUUGUCUGAGCUUCCAACAAGUGGAUUCCGUCCUCCAAGUGUAUUCAGCUACUCUGGCUCAUCUGUCCGUGGCGACCAGCUCAGCGGCGACGGUUGACCUAAAAAAUGGGUCUCCUCGGGACGUGCUGGAUAUCGGCAUCCUCACGGACAUUGCUCACAACCUCAACAAGAAAAUGGUGGACUUGGAUCCCCGCGUCAGGGAGAUGGCUGUGAAAUCUGCUGGUGCCCUCUUCCUCCUAGGUAACAAAGAGGUCCAUGAUGUGUUGCUGACGUGUAACACCCUCACGUCUUUGUGGCAGAGUCUGAACGAUUUGAACGAAGACGUCGUCUCACAGGCGCUGGCUGUGUUAAGUCAGGCUGCUGCAGGUGGCUCGCUGCAGGUUCUGAUGACGUGUUGUGGAGGGACAGAGGAAGUUGUCAAGUCAACAGCAUCAGGUCUCCUCGUGUCACCCCAUUGGGACAACGUCAAGCCAAUCGCACUCAAGUUGUUGUCUGAGCUGGUGCCGGCGGACAUGUUCACGACGUACGCUGAAGUCUGCCUGCGACAGGACAACUCUCGGCUCUGUACGUCGGUUCUGGAAUACGGCGGCAAAGUUCUCCUGUCUGGACUCCGCGACCCCUGUCUUUCUUCGUCUCAGCGCCUCGACAUACUUCUCUCCUGGUUAGAGGCCGGCUGGGGAGAUUUAGUUCUUAGCAAAGCCGACGCACACGACACCAGCAACUUCCGACUGGCUGCUGAGAUCAUGGCGGACAUCUUGAGUUUUAUGAACAAGCCGGACGUAGGAGACAGUAUAAGGGAAAAAAUUACACAUCUGAUUGCCAGCUUCGCAAAAUUUUCUGAUACCGAUUCUAAAACGUUCAGAGAGGUGUUUGGUAGUUUUUGCCAAAGAUUUGAAAGUAAUGGAAAUUCCACCUCAACUUGUAAUGAGAAUACAGAUGAACCACUGGCAAAAAAACUGAAGUUUUGUGACGGUCCAAUGGGAAAAGUGACAGACAGCGGUUUGUGUGAAGGGGAACCUAUUCAAUGUUUUUUUUGUGUACUGGCUUCCAACAUUUCCCAAGAGAAGGUGAAGUCAGAAAUUUCACAACAGGAAAUCUCAAAAGGUCAGAAUGACGCAGGAGGUGCUGGAGAUCUACCGACUGACUCUGAAGAAUGCACGUUGGAUUCAACGAAAGAACUUUCACCUUUGACCUUGAGAACAGAGCCACUUCCACUGAAAAAGCUUGUGAAGACAAUCUCAAACUGUCUUGAGGCUGAAAGUUUGCCACAGGAAAUGAUGUCACAGACACAGCAGAUGCUGGCCUAUCUGGCCUACGAGGAUGUUCUCACAAGUCUGGGGCCAGAGCGACUUCGCCGUGAAGCUCUUCGAAGCACGGACGAGUACGCCAGGAAUCCUGGCAUGUUGUUGCACGAUCUAAAGACAGUUCUGGACAGAAGCCUCAAAGACGUCGGCGAGAUUGUGGAAAACGAAACGGCGGAAAUACUCAGUAAAAAGCUGUUUGAUCUCUGCGACAACACUCGAGUGCAGAAGCCAACAGCAUCCCUGAGAGGCACUGCGUUUGUCUUAGCUACAGCGUCCUGUUUCCUGGAGAACAGUCCGGAAGUAGUGCGCUUUGUGUUGAAGCAUAGAAGAGUCUUGGUGAAAAGUUCAACAAAUCGGAUCAACAAACACUUUAUAUUAGACGAGUUUCUUGGGAGACUGGAACACAUGAAGAGAAAUGGAACUAAAGGGUUAAAUCUCCAGCAGUACUUUCAGUCCUUGGAAGGGUUAAACCGGCUGCUGUUUUUGUAUGUCAAGCAGAAACUGAGUCAGCCGGACAAUGACAUACUCAGAGGGCCCAUCAUGACAGACGACGUUUGUUGCCAGGCGCUGGAUGACAAUAUGGCUGUUGAUGUCAGGUCUGAUGGGGCCGGGAACUCUCAAGACUCCGAGUCCAUCAAUACUGAAAAGCUUAUUGCUUUACUACAGAGCCUCGGAGGAGGUAAAGAGGAUGAUUUGAGACCCUCUAUUUCUUCACUCCCCUCGUGGCUGAUCCAAGCUUUGUAUAAAUCUUUCAGCGAUAGUUUCGAUCCGUUUGACAAGUUAAAAGACAGUGUUGAUGCUCUUGUGAAGUCGGACAGGAGAAACCGUUUCCCUCGUGUGAUUCGGGCGUUGGUAGGGACAGGUCAGCAUCAUGUCCUGACGUUGUGUAGGUCAGUGAGUGAUCAGCUGUCUGAGAAUCUGCUCCCCGUCUGUCUUCUGGCUGACCAGGUGAAUAAUUGGGUCACAGCAGACGAGGAUGAUUUUGACAGUGAGGGUGAUAAUGAUCCCACAGCUAUUGACUGUUACUGAUUCUUGACCCAAGGAAUUUGUCAGCUUAAGUUUUUUAGAUUAAUGAAGUAUACGUGUUGUAUCGGGGUGAAAUCAGGCGCUUGUCAUAAUAAUGAGAUUGAACAAAUGUACAAUUUUUUUCGU